CCUCGAAACGUCAGUUUUGCCAGUAUUAACUGCCCGACUCUCAUUUAAUAGGUUAAAAGUUAAAAGAAUUCGCUGUACCAAGUGGCAGAGAUUACAGUGGAAUCGUGGUUCACAAUCAGUGCUGACAUCAAAUGGUCACAAGAGUCCGGCUGACGUGCGGACUUGUAUGUAAUUCUGAGGAAACGGCCGAUCUGUGCCCAUCCCACCUGUUGUUUUAAAUGACGAUGCCCACACCAACCCUCGUGACUGAUGGGGAAAAGGCCGAAAUUAAAGUCAAGGCAGCUUAUAGCGGGAAAAUUCUUGUCACAUACAUUAACUCUGAGAUACAGUUAGAAGAUCUUCGAAAUGAAAUGCGGGCUAUUUGUCAAUUCAGCCCAGACCAAGAGUUUACCAUGAAGUGGAUUGACGAAGAAGGUGACCCUUGUACAAUCUCCUCUCAAGUUGAAAUUGAUGAAGCCAUUCGUCUGUAUGAAGUGAACAAUGAUUCAGAGAUCACAAUUCAUGUUUUCCCCAGUGUCCCAAUAUCACCUGGGCUUCCAUGCAUGGGAGAAGAUAAAAGUAUUUAUCGACGCGGUGCCCGUAGAUGGCGGAAAUUGUACAGAGUUAAUGGACAUCUUUUCCAAGCAAAACGUUUUAAUCGACGAGCUUCUUGUGCCUACUGCCAUGACCGUAUCUGGGGCCUGGGUCGACAAGGAUUCAAAUGCAUUCAGUGCAAGCUACUAAUCCAUAAAAAAUGCCACAAGCUUAUCAAGAUCAGCUGCAAUACCGAACAAGUUGCCGCGCUUAACACCCCAUCACAGGGUCACCUUCUGUCAAAUAGCGUACUGAAUAGCAGUUCUAGCUCCGUAGUCACGACGGCUGCUCCUGCUACCACCGUAAGUCCUGUUGUGAAUAUCGGGGAGCCGCCGAUAGCGCUACGACAAAAUGGUGAUGGUACUGAAGCUCCGUCCGCUCCUCCUACAGUACAACCUAUUUUUGAGUCUCACAGUGAGAGCGUUCCAGUUGAUGGAAGGCCAGAAGAAGGCGUGGAAGGCGGCACUGUUCAACGCCCUUAUUCAAUGGCGGAUUUCGAAUUGAUCCGCGUCAUCGGACGUGGUUCCUACGCCAAAGUGUUAAUGGUCGAGUUAAGGCGAACUCGUCGAGUUUACGCCAUGAAAGUAAUCAAAAAGGAACUCGUUACUGACGAUGAGGAUAUUGACUGGGUUCAAACUGAGAAACAUGUUUUUGAAACGGCAUCCAACCAUCCUUUCCUAGUAGGCUUGCAUUCUUGCUUCCAAACGGCUUCUCGCCUUUUCUUCGUCAUCGAAUUCGUACGCGGUGGCGACUUGAUGUUCCAUAUGCAACGUCAAAGACGACUUCCCGAAGAGCACGCUCGCUUUUAUUCCGCCGAAAUUUCUCUAGCGCUCAAUUUCCUGCACGAGAAAGGAAUCAUUUAUCGCGAUUUAAAGUUGGAUAACGUGUUGCUAGACCACGAAGGCCACAUUAAGCUCACCGAUUAUGGAAUGUGCAAAGAGGGCAUCCGUCCGGGCGAUACCACGUCUACUUUUUGUGGUACGCCCAACUAUAUCGCCCCUGAAAUUCUACGUGGUGAAGAUUAUAGUUUCAGCGUGGACUGGUGGGCACUUGGAGUAUUGUUGUAUGAAAUGUUAGCUGGCCGUUCACCUUUCGACAUUGUCGGUGCUUCAGAGAAUCCAGAUCAAAACACUGAAGAUUAUCUAUUUCACGUCAUCCUGGAAAAGACUAUCCGCAUUCCUAGGUCGUUAUCGGUCAAAGCCUCCUCUGUUUUGAAAGGGUUUCUAAAUAAGAACCCUGCGGAUCGUUUGGGCUGUCGAAAAGAAACUGGAUUUGUCGACAUUAUCCAUCACCCUUUUUUCAAAUCAGUCGACUGGGAAAUGUUGGAGAGGAAACAAGUAGCUCCACCUUACGUUCCUCGUCUAGAUUCUGACCGAGAUCUGGCUCAUUUCCCACCCGAGUUCACUGACGAGCCAGUCCAACUGACACCCGAUGAUCAGUCGGUCAUUGAACGUAUCGACCAGUCAGAGUUUGAGGGUUUCGAGUACGUCAAUCCUCUGCUGAUGUCGCUAGAAGACUGCGUUUAGGAAAAGAAAUAUAAAGUAUCUGCUUUCACGCCAUUAAAAUUUACUAAAAUUGGUACAGUGGUACCAUUCAACUACCACACACUUGUUUCAUAGGGAAAGUUUGGCAGUUUUCAUAUAAACAGGGCAGCAAAUUCCAAUCUAGCCUAUCAUUUCUUCUUAUUUCACCAAUAAAAUCGGUUCAGUAUUUUUAAAAUAUGAUAGAGCAGUUCUAACUGACUUCGCAUUCAUUCCAGUUCUUGCCUUAUUGAAACAUUUUUUCCCCUGUCACUUUUUUUGGAUCUGUUGUACGACUGCCUCCUUUUGUUUGUUUGUUUCUCUCCUACUUACUUUGCCACUUACCGCUUUUCUCCUUUGCGGGUGUGUGCCUACGUGUUUUCUUUUAAAAGCCAAUGUUUGGUCUUUUUUUUUUUAGCUAAAAAAAUUGUCGAAUUAUUAUUUUCGGCUUCCACAGAUCGCCUUUCCAUCUUGUAAGUUGGAAAUAUACAAGGAAAAUUCGACAAAACAA